UUCAGGUGUCCGGGGGCCGCAUCAUGGCCGCUCUAGGGUCAGUGUGUGUUGACGAGUGAGAGUGGCAGGGUCGCUAGAGGCGCUGUGGGAUUCCUGCUUCAUAUACGUUAUCCUGCGACGCUUACAAACUCUCACCUCAUCCAACUGUGGCUCUCUGUCCCUCAGUGGCGAGGUCGCACUACUCCGGGAGCUGCGCCAGGCAGGCAGGCAGGCGCAGUGGACCUGUUGAAGGCUCAGACGCAUCGCCAGAAACUCGGACAUGGUGAUGACACGCGGUUGAACACGGAUUAUUCUUACGAGUGUCUGCAGCGCAAGCCCUAGAGGGCUGGUGCGGCGCUGGGGGAUUUUCAACAGUCGAGCAGCGUGGCGUGACUCCCUCCCCUCCUUGUGACCCUCCUCUCUCUUCCUCACUCCCCGCGGCGACGAAGGGAGCACGGCGGCGGCGGAGAACCUGUUGGACCAGAGUGUCGUUUUACAGUGGUGACGAGGACGUUCAGGGAUUGGCCGCCCUCACUCGAACCCCUCCCCUUAGCGAUCAGGUCCUUUGGGGAGAGCCGAGCAGCCGAAGCAGGAGACGCAGCAGCCGCAGGAGAAGCAGCUGCAUAAGGAAGAUUGUGGAGGAAAGGAAAGAAGUGAGCGAGGUUCCUGAUCGAGCAUGGUAGAAGGAGCGAGGAUUGUUUCUUUAACGUGAGAGGAAGACGACGCGAUCCCUCUCCUUCAGCAACCCCUCAUCCGGAGACCACAGCCGUUAACAGGUGGUUGUGGUGAGGGCCAGACCAGGACCAUAGCCUGGGCGGACCAUGUGGCGGCUGGCUUGGGACCUGCAGCAGUACAACCAUUGGUCGCGCUUGUCAUAGUGUCGAGUCAAAAAUAUGUGAAAGAACUAGCGCGAGUUUAAGUGUAGGGAAGACCGUGCACGUGAGAAUAUAAGCUGAAGCUCCGCCAUUUGGCCCAAAGCUUGGACACCCUGGAUCAGGAGUGACGACCCUCAUACACUCAAUAGAACUCCUCAGCGCCACCCUCCGUCCCUGCUGCUGAUACUCAUCUUGCCACUCUCGCCACUCCACUCACCACUGUUCCGGCGGCGGGCCAUUGAGGGGGCAAGAUGGUGUCUGUGCUCCCCUCCAUGGACCACACCUUCCCUACCUUGGUCGAUCUUAACAAGGAACAAGCCGUCCUCGACCAGCAGGUGAAGCGGCAGCGCCUCGACACGGAAAGAGACUCCGCCCAACACAGUGAUGGCUCAUGGCUGGACCAUCAUCUAAGGUGUGAAGUGGCAGCUGUCGCGGCGUCUCCAGCAAGCCACAGUGACAGUGGGUGCGCUUCUCCUGCAGAAGGCUCGGGAGGAGGGGGAGGAGGAGGAGGGGGAGGGGGAGGAGGAGGAGGUAGUGGUGGUGGUGGUGGUGGUGGUGGAGGAGGAGGAGGAGGAGGAGGAGGCAGCAGUAGUGAGCUACUGACCCCACUGGUGAGCCUGGGCCGCGGAACCUCCAUAGCAGCGGGCACCCUCACUACCUCUCCCGCCGUCACGCCCCUGUCUCCGUCAUACCACGCGGCCGUCGCCACCAGCACCGCCGCCAACCCGGUCACCUCCACCCCCAAUACCACCAACAACAACGAGGCGGCGCAGCCCACGCACCAGCCGCCAGCGUCCCUCCAGUCUCUGGACGCUUCCUGGCUCACCACCUCCCUUCACAACAACGCCCUGCAUGAGGUGAAGGGGGAGCCAGACCAAGACGUGUUCUCCGAGGCAUUGCCGCCUUACGGCUCCGUCACCGCUUCCAGCACCGCCACAGACAAACACGAUCUCUCAACCUCUCACUUGCAGCAGCUAUACUCCACCACAAUGCAGGCUUAUGGGAAUAACUCGUACAUGCAGCCAACCGGCUUCUACAACGCUGUGCCUAAUUCUCAGUACUACGGCACCGACUACCUCCUCAACAGCACGCGGAGUCUCAACCAAAGCAGUAAGGGAGCUUUGGGUUCAGGUUCCCUCAGCUCCUCCUGCCUCAGCUCCACGGGCUCUCUGGGCUCGGCGGGCUCUCUGGGCUCCGCUACGGCCUCCUACUUGACUUCUUACGGAUCCUUCAGCGGGAGCAGCAGCACCCAGUGUCAGAACCCUUACUACGGCACCUCCUACAACACCUCUUUCGCCGCGGGCAACACCCAGAAUUACACCUCCACCCAGCAGGGCCUGGACUCCGCUUACUACUCGGCGGCGUACGCGGGGCAGGCGGCGGCGGCGGCGGCGGGAGGUUACUACUACGGACAGAGCUAUGGUUACAUGGGCUCCUCGUCCGCCUCGUCCCCCUCCUCCGUUGCCACUGCCUCUAACGGACUCACCUCUGGCCUACCUACCGCGGCGCCCUCCACGCCCAACCCCACCACCUACCAGCUCACACUGCCUAUCGAACCAGAGCCCGGCGGAUUCCAGGGAGUGGACAGCCCCUCGUCGCCGCUCAAAGAUACAGCCUCAAGGGCGCGAAACGGCAGGUCAAGGCGUAGCAACCCGUCCCCAGAUCCCGAGAACAAGGUGGAGCGGGUCUACAUCUGGGACCUGGACGAGACCAUCAUCAUCUUCCACUCCCUCCUCACCGGCACGUACGCCAGGACGUUUGGCAAAGAUACCUCCAAUGCUGUUCAGUUGGGCUACCACAUGGAAAAACUCAUUUUUGAUCUAGCUGAUACACACUUCUUCUUCAAUGAUCUUGAGGAAUGUGACCAAGUCCACAUUGAUGAUGUCUCCUCUGAUGACAAUGGGCAGGAUCUGAGCAACUAUAAUUUUGCGACUGAUGGGUUCAGUGCAGCCAACAACAAUGCCUCUCUGUGCCUGGGUACGGGAGUGAGAGGCGGAGUGGACUGGAUGAGGAAGCUUGCCUUCAGGUAUCGCAAGAUCAAAGAGCUUUUCAACAGCUGCAGGAAUAAUUCAGGCAGUCUGUUAGAUCCUGAAAAUCGUGAAAAGUGGCACAGAGUUCGUCAAGACAUAGAGAUCUUGACAGAUCAGUGGUUGACAGAAUCCAUGAAAUGCUUGCAACUUAUAGCAUCAAGACCAAACUGUGUGAAUGUACUUGUCACUACAACUCAGCUUGUCCCUGCCCUGGCUAAAGUCCUCCUGUAUGGUCUUGGUUCCAUUUUUCCCAUAGAAAAUAUAUACUCAGCUACUAAAGUAGGUAAAGAAAGUUGCUUUGAGAGGAUUGCUUCGAGAUUUGGACGGAAACCUGUGUAUGUGGUGGUGGGAGAUGGUCGGGAUGAAGAGAUGGCAGCAAAACAGCUUGAUUUUCCAUUUUGGAGAAUACAGACCCAUCAUGACUUCGUGAACCUGUACAAGGCCUUGAGCAUCUGUGGUCUCUGAACACGCUACAAGAAUACCUUGGUCACUUGUGUUUGUAUGUCAUUGCUUUUGCCGUGGGGCAUUGCUUGAUGACUGUCUCUAUUAAUGCAAUAUGUGCAGAAAUAAGCAUAAUUUCUUUUACUCUCAUUAAUUACAGGAAAGCCAUGAGUACAUUAUUGAAAAAAUAUUGUACUUUAUGAAUUUCAUGGACAGUAAGUGAAGAAAGAUUUGUUUCAUACUUAUUUAGUAUCUACUCAUGUAUGGGUAGAAACUUUUGACAGUGUUAAGGUCUAUAUUGCAUGAUUACUUGAGCAUUAGAAAUACACCCCAAAAUCAUGUAGUUGAGAGUGUGUUACAGAAAUGUAUUCUACAGUGAUACUUCAUUUUUCAAAGGAUACAUGUAUUUUGAAACUUAAGAUCAAAUCUUUGAACUAGAAUUUUGAUGUCUGAUUUGAAUUUUUAAUUACCAAAGAAAAGUGGUUAUUCACCUGUGAUUUGAUAGGCUGGAAAAGAAGGCAGCAGUUAUUGUGCAUUCAAUGAAGGAAACUAGGAUAAAUGUGUGAAAUUACAUAACAAGGCUUCAGUGCUUCAUUUAUGCCUUGUGGCUGCUAUAAAGGCAACACUGCUGCACAUUGAUUCCAGAUGACAUUAAUCAAGAUAACUAGCCAACUCUGUGUGUUGAAAGGUUCUGGUUCUGAAAACUGUUAUGAAGUUCCUCAUGACUAGUGCUGCUGAGCUACAAGGGGAAAAUGUGAAGCAUAUCAGUAUAAGGAGAAAAAUGUGAGUGAAAGUGCCAAGUGAUAGAUGUGAUUGUGUUAAGGCUGCCAGUACAUGAAGACAAGUAUUGAUUUGUUACUAGCAUGCAUUGUAUACACAAAUAAGUAUACAAGUAAAGUAUCAUCAAAAUGAAAAAGCACUGUCAUAUGUAUACAGUAACAUUUGUUUCAAACAUUCCUAGAAGGCAUCUUCAGUAUAUAUAUAUAGUCAUAUGGGGUCUGUGUUCGGGAAGUACAGAGUGCAACAGUGUACUAGCAUGUAAUAAUAAUGUACAGAACAUUGGGGUACAGCUGAACAAUGAAAUGAAGCCUCACUUACUCUGUCAAGAUUUUCUGGAAACAGGACUUAUCAAGGACUGGAAGGAGACUUCAAUUUGUUUUAAUCUCACACACCAGACAAAAUACUUUUGCUAAAAUCAGCCUGUAGUAUUUGGCUAAACAAUAUUUAGGUUUUUAGUAAUUGCUUUUUUUUUUUUUUUUUUUUUUUUUUUUUUCUCUCUCAGCUGUCUGUAGUAUCCUACCAUACACCCCCAACUCUCUCUCUCUCUCUCUCUCUCUCUCUCUCUCUCUCUCUCUCUCUCUCUCUCUCUCUCUCUCUCUCUCUCUCUCUCCUCUCUCUCUCUCUCUCUCUCUCUCUCUCUCUCUCUCUCUCUCUCUCUCUCUCUCUCACACACACACACACACACACACACACACACACACACACACACACACACACACACACACACACACACACACACACACACACACACACACACACACACACACACACACACACACUUUUGAUAUAGUAGUGACUGUAAAGUAUUUUAUUUGUUGUAGUACUCUUGUUGAACAUUGUUUUGUAUAUAUAUGCCUCUUGUACUCAUUCAGAAUAAGUUUAUCAGUCCAUACUGGGCAUGUAUCUGCCAUAAGGGGUAAACAUAGAAUGCCUGUUAGGUAAAUAUUCCUUGCUUUUGAAAUGGUCCAGUUAAAUGGCAUAAGUAAGCAACGUUCCAUUUACAUAACCAGAUGAAUUAUUCCUGAUAGUAUUGUUGUACAAAAUGUAAAGCAUUAGAUGAUUGUCUUAAUUUGCUUUGUACCUUAUUAUUUGUAGUGAGUAUAGAAUAGAUAUGUCUGGCAUGUAUUAAAGGUCACGUAUAGCCUUCACAUCAUAAUUAUAGAGAUAUUUUCAGCUCUGGUGAUUAGGUGUACACCAGAAUACAGGGGGAAACCUCAGAAGACCUUUCAUAUGUUCCAGAUUUCACUUAAGAUAUUGUGAUAAUGCUGUUGAUUUGUUCUUUCCUCUUCUUUUUAUACCUGUCAUCGAAGAAUAAGGUUACACACUGUGCUGACUUUGCAUUUGAGGUGCACAACUUUCCAUCACACCUUCAUUAUAUAAUAUUUUUCUGGGUUGUUCGCUGUUACUCCAUCAUAUUCCUCCAUCAGAUUUACUCAAGUUGAAGUAACUGCUAUUUAAAAAUUCUUUAAAUCAAACCAAAUGAUUUUGCUGUGGUUAUGUCUACAUUUUUUUUUUCAAUCACACAUUAUUAUUAUUAUUAUUAUUAUUAUUAUUAUUAUUAUUAUUAUUAUUAUUAUUAUUAUUAUUAUUGUUAUUAUUAAUAUCAUCAUCAUCAUCAUCAUCAUCAUCAUCAUCAUCACUGGUCACUCAUCAUUAUCAUCACUUAUCAUGGAACUUCAGUAUUUCUCUAUGUAAACUUACUGAGUCAUUUGUUAUCUAAUUUUGCAUCUGAUUUGCAUAUAUUUUGUGGCAUAAUAUCAAUGUGAAAGAUACAUUCAUAAUUAUGAAUAAAGAAAAAUAGCACACAUAACUAAAAUAAUUAAAAUAAUUAAUUAAUUAAUAAAAUAAAAUAAUUAAAAUAAUUAAAAUGUGCUAGUAGGAGGAUCGAUAUUUUAUUUUUUUUAUUGUUUUUAUUUUUUUUACCCUCACUUCAUCACCCAUACAGUCAGAAACCACUUUGGUGUUUGUGGUUGCUGUAAAAAGAAAUCAUAACCACAACAUCCUGAGGCUGCAGUGGCAAGUGAGCCUCAGCGUCAGUGAUGGAGCACCCAGGCAUCUCAGCAGAACUCUUUAGGGCUUUUAGUUUAGAUAUAUUGAAAGAUUUCUUAAGGUAGUGAAUUAUAAUGGCAAUAUUUUCUCAAAACAGUAGACAGAAUGAUUGUGCUAAGCUUGUCAAAGUCACAAAAUUUAUUCUAGCACUAUAGGUUGACACAAAUAAGAAAAUAAAGCACAACUUCAAGUAUAUUAUGAUUGUGUGUAGUCAGAACCAUCAGCAGAUUGUUACUCUGCCUUCUAUCUGGACAUCUUCAGUAUUUGUAAUUCUUAAUGUAUGAUUACAAACAUGUGAGUAAUAAAUUACUUUUAUGA